UAAUCUUCCGUUUUCCGGCCUGCUUUUGACAUAACACAUGGCAGACAGAAUUUAUCGGCCAGCAGCCAAUCAGAGCCGCCCUCUUAAGGCGAGCCUCCACGGCCCUCGACCAAUCACGGCGGCGGAACGGGACCCAUGCCUCUGAGUUGUGCAGCGAUGAGGUCACGUGACGCGGGGAAGAGGAAUGCCAACAUGGACCCGUGGCAGGGACGGGAUGUGAGCGCGUCGCGACAAUAACACGACGGAGGCGAGCAGAAAACAGCGAGAAGCCCGAGAGAGGUCGACGCCCCCUCUCGGUAACAUACGGUUUCUGUGACACAUCUGGGUGGUUUCCCCAGCAGCAGCACCCCCCCCCCCCCCUGUCCACAGCACUAGGCCUGGAUCAAUGGUGUCCCUCAACAGCAGAGCACUGACUUUGGAGUCUGAGCUGUUCAGGGACAGCAGCAGCAGCCUGCACUCCUUUUCAGAGGAGGAUGGGGUCCCCUUGCGCUCCUGCGACAGCCCUGUGGCCAGACAGCAGGGGGCGCUGCAGAGCUUCAGCCCUGAAGAGGGGGAGGAAGAAGCGGAGGAAAACAAAGGCAUCAGUCUGCAGAGUUUUCAAGGUGCAACCGAUGACCCAGGAGAGGACUGCCAGGAGCCUAAGCUGCCGGAAUUCUCUUUUCACCCGUCUUCACCGUUCUCUCCCACUUUGGAGGACAUAGAGGAAUUUCUGAAGGAGAAGAUGGAGCAGGUGGAGGAGGACGUAAUGAGUACCAAAGAGGAAACCUCCCCUCUACCGUGCAGCUUCAUCAACUCCCCGGCGUCCUCUGUACCUUCAGCUUCCUCAAUAGAGAUACAAAGUGAACCAGGUGUCAGGGCUUCCCUCUGCUCUUCCCCCCCAGAGACCUCAGAGAAGGAGAAGUGUGCUCCCAUCAAGACUGACCUGCCUCCUUCUAGUCAAUCAAACCCCUCACCAGCCACCGUGACCCCCCCGAUGCUCCUUAGAGCUCCAGUGGUGCUCCAGCUGCAACCGUUACCUGUGGCCCAGCCUCAGGCUCCGACAGGUUCUCCUCCGUCAGCCCAAAGUGGCAUUUGGCUCACCCAUCUGGUCAUGGGGCUCCAGGGCGCUACAGCUCCAAAUCUCACCCUGGUGCCCCCCCAGGUCUCCUCCACAGCCACCACCACCAGCGCCCUGUUGCCACUGAACGGCGACAACAAAUCAGACCAGAAGUAUGUGAAGAUAGCGCCUCUGCCCAUCACCACAAGGACUCUGGAGAUCACUGCGCUGGGAGGAAGUCAGGGCACCGCCAUCCUAAAAGCAGCAGCAGCAGCAGCCCCCCGGGUGAGCAGGGCGUCGCCCACUGAGAGGGUCCACAAGUGUUCCCACCCGGGCUGUGGGAAGAUGUACACGAAAAGCAGCCAUCUGAAGGCACACUUCCGCCGGCACACAGGAGAGAAACCCUACACAUGUGGCUGGCCGGAGUGCGGCUGGAAGUUCUCUCGAUCAGACGAGCUGUCUCGCCACCGGCGCUCUCACUCGGGCAUCAAACCGUACGAGUGCACUCUGUGCGAGAAGAAGUUUGCCCGCAGCGACCAUUUAUCCAAACACACAAAGGUCCACCGCAGCUCCAGGCCCGGCAGGGUGGUCAGGGCCACUAUGUGACUGCUUCAGCUGGUGUAAACCAGGCCCGGGGCUCUGGUUUCCCUCAGGACUUUUUGGUGCUUUUACAAGCAGAACCUUUUGAAGAAUCUGGAGAGCUGGCUGUUUUAUUUUCCCCUCACCCCUUUGAUUUUUUUACUUUCAUUUUCUCCGCGCUGUUCUCCGUUUGAGUGUUGCAUCUGAGGAGCUCGCCAUGUGUAGAGCAAUCAGCCACCUCAGGAAAAACUGAGCCGAAAGAAGACUUCCUGGCAUUUACACGCACACAACAGGGGCCCCUCUCCCAGCCACUGCUUGCACUACUGCUCCUGGAAGCUGGGACUGCCAGCAGCUGUGAGAAGAGGGAAAGGAACAAAUAAGAACAUGUGUAAUUGUCAUUUCUGCUCUCUACUUCUGCCAACUGUCCCUCUUCCCUGAAGCCAAUGGUCAGGCUUCACCUGCAUAAAAAGGGGUCUGAACGUU